AUGGAAGAUAAUUACAAUGGUAGCAAUGUAACUGAUGUUUAUGAUAAUCAUAAAGAAUCAUCAAAUAGUUCAAGUGAUACUGAUGAGAUUGAAAAUUUAAUGCAAGUCUUUGAUGAAAUCGCAUAUGCUAUGAUAGAAGAGUACAAUAUGUUUAAUGAUAUUAGUGAAGACAACUAUAGGAAGGAAGAAUUUAAUAAUGAAGAACCAACUGAUGAUAAAUUGUUAGAUAAUAAAAAUGAAAAUAUUUCACAAUUAGAAAUAAAAAAUUUUAUUAACUUAGAGCAUAAAUUGCUAAAUAAUGAUAAUGAUAAUAUUUUUAGUAAUUCUGAUGUUAUUAAUCAUAGCAAUCCUAAUUUUGAU